UGCCCCGCCCGCGCUCGCCCGCGCGCCGCAGCGUUGGCCGUUGUCGGCCGUUGGCCGCCGCAGCCGUUGGCGAUGAGCGCGGCGCCGGGCGCGCAGGGGCCGGCGUGCGCCGUGGGGGCGCCGGCGACGUCGCCGUUGCGCUCCCUCUUCCGCCACGUGCGGCUGGAGAACCUGGCGGCGGGGCUCAGCGGCGGCGUCAUCUCCACCCUGGUGCUGCACCCGCUAGACCUGGUCAAGAUCCGCUUCGCAGUAAGUGAUGGAUUGGAGCUGAGGCCUAAAUACAAUGGGAUUCUCCACUGUAUGACCACUGUCUGGAAGCAUGAAGGACUGCGAGGCUUAUAUCAAGGGGUAACUCCGAACAUGUGGGGAGCUGGGGCUUCCUGGGGACUUUACUUUUUUUUUUACAAUGCCAUUAAAGCUUACAGAAAGGAAGGGAAGCUGGAAAAUCUAAGUGCAACUGAACACCUAGUGUCAGCUGCAGAGGCUGGAGCUAUGACCCUCUGUAUUACAAACCCAAUAUGGGUAACGAAGACUCGACUUGUGUUACAGUAUAAUGCUGGUGUUGAUCCAUCAAAGCGGCAGUACAAAGGAAUGCUUGAUGCUCUUAAGAAGAUAUACAAGAAAGAGGGCAUUCGUGGCUUGUACAAGGGAUUUGUGCCCGGUCUGUUUGGAACUUCACAUGGAGCACUUCAGUUCAUGGCAUAUGAGGACUUGAAACUGAGAUACAACAAGUAUAGGAACAGACUAUCAGAUACAAAAUUGAACACUGUGGAAUACAUAACAAUGGCAGCUGUAUCCAAAAUAUUUGCUGUGUCAGCAACAUAUCCUUAUCAAGUUGUACGAGCUCGUCUUCAAGAUCAGCAUAAUACAUACUCUGGCGUAUUUGAUGUGAUCUGCAGGACGUGGAGGAGAGAAGGAAUUCAUGGAUUUUACAAAGGAAUUAUUCCCAAUGUGAUCAGAGUGACUCCUGCCUGCUGCAUUACCUUCGUAGUGUAUGAAAAUGUAUCUAGUUUUUUACUUAGUUUUAGAAAAGAGAACAAUUAAAGGUACAAGCUUGCAUUCAGAAGGAAUUUAUUCUUUGUUUUUUAUAUUUAUGAUCUGUGAGAGAUUUAGUUCAGCAGUGUACUUGGACACUGUGAACUGACUUAGUGUUUUGAGAGGAGAACCUACAGAUAGUGAAACCCUGCUUACAUCUGUUUUGCUGAAUGCACCUGAGUUGCUCCAUUCCUUGUCUCCUCUCUGAAUCAGCAGUGUCUACUUAAAAUAAUGUCUCCGCAACUGUGAAGUAGCGUGACUGGAUGAAGUGAAAACUGAGAUAAAAGCAACUCUGGAAUCUGUUACAACUUUAAAUACAAUGUCUUUAUCUGAGUCUCAUGGAGCAAGUAUGUACGUGGUUGUUUACAGCAAUGUCUGAAGUCUUCUGAGUCCAUCUCUGUGUAAUUUGUCAGAUUUAGGAUAUGGAGUGCUCCAAAGUGAUUGCUCAUCCAAUAGAAAUGCUGCCUCAAUGGGGUGCAGUUUGGAAACUUGAAGUUUUGUAAACAGUCAGCUGUCCUUUCUGGUUUUUUUGAAUAAUGGCCAAUCUAAUGAAACCCAGUUCUUGUCUACUACCAAGGCAGACUUACAAGUGUAGUUUUUGGCUUGUUCAUUUUUAACAGCAGACCAAAGUCUAUCUUGAGCACAUCACUGGCCACUUACUUUUUUGUAUGUGCCGUGUCCAUCUCUCCAUCUCCCUCUCUCCCUCCCUCCUUCUCUCUCUCUGUCUCUCUCUCUCUCUCUGUCCGUGUCUCUGUGUCCCUUGCUCGCUCUCCAUAUGUGUCUUGCUCACUGUCUCUGUGUCUCUCUGAGCAAGAGAUUGUGUCCAUCACUAAUAUGUCUGACCAAAUAAUAUUAAAAGUAGGUUACAUAAGGAAAUACAGUUUGUUUUUUUUUUUAAUAAUCAUGUAAAUAAUGUUGCAGUUUUCAAGGCACUUUAAGAAACAAAGAUGAUCCUGCUUAUUUUGAAUAAUAUUUUUUGCAAAUAUAAGUAGUCUAAAAAUGCAUCUCAGUAAAUGCAUCUCAUUUGAAUAAUGUUUAUUUGCAGGACAAAAAUUGCUGUUAAGGCUAUGCAGUUUUUGGAGAUCUUGGGGAUUUUAAUUCUUCAUUAAGAAAAUGCAUUACUGGCUAGAGCAUCUGCUUUCUACUGUUAGCAUGAAGGUAUUAAGCAUCUAAAAAGUACUAACUUAACUGAAGAGGAAAGAACUUAGCAAAGGUUAUCAACAAGCGGGGGGAAAUAAUCACUUUCAUAAGUGAUUACCAGAAACAAGGCUUUAAAGCAGAGGUUUAGAAACUGCUAUAGCUUUUAGGUUAAAAUUUAGAAAACUACAAGAGCUGCUCAGUAUUUUGAAUCUGUAUUCAGCAAUCCACUACUUGCUUGUUUCAACUGAUACUAUUGGCAUGUGAUAACGUUUUGUGUAUGCUUAACUUUUAAAAUAAUUUACACUUUCUUUUCCCUGAUUUCACGUCCUAAUCAGAUGCAUUUGAUGAUAUACUGUGGUAUCUCAUCUGAGAAGGCAUGUUACCAUUAUGGUUGACCUUGUUUUUUAUUAUAAAAGCUUUCAUGUGUAUUUGGCUGAAGAUCAAAUUUACUUAAAGUUUACCCUGCAAAUUACUGCAUAGAUCAAUAAUCCUAACAGUUAUUAACUUCUUGUGCCUUAAGAGUUUUUACUUGGUUUUGUGUGUCUUCAAGUAUGUAAAAAAGAACUUAAUGGAACAUUGAGUUAACUCUGUCAUCCAAGAUGCAAAAUAUAUUGUGAGGUUAUGGACAUACGAAUAAACAUGAAGAAAAUAACAGAA